UGAUAACUAGUUCUCAUCUCUUAAAUACCCGCAUUAAAAACUUCACUUCUCUCUCUCUCCCUCUCCCUCUCCCUCUCCCUCUCCAUUCCAUCUAUCUCUCACUGUCACAGAGACGCCCGUUCUCUAGAAAGAGGGUGCUUUCGAGAUGGAAGGCAAGAAGUUUCUCCAUGGGACAUUGGAAAUCACGGUCUUUCAUGCAACACCUUACGCAUCAUCCUUUCCUUUCAGUUGUUUAUCAGGAAGCGGUAGACCAGCAUAUGUGACAAUCAAGAUAGGCCAACACAAAAUGGCAAACACAACAAGCGAACGAGACCGGAUUUGGAACCAGACCUUUCAAAUCCUCUGUGCUCAUCCCAUUGACUCAACCAUCACAAUUACUGUCAAAACCAAGUGCUCCGUCCUGGGGAAGAUACAAUUUGAGGCACAUCAGAUUGUCACUCAAGCAAGCCUGAUAAAUGGCUUCUUUCCUUUGCUCUCUGAAGAUGGGAAGCCCAAACAAAAGUUAGGGCUCCAAUUCAUCUUAUGGUUCAAGCCAGCAGAUUUGGAGCCUAGCUGGGGAAAGUUAAUUUAUGGUGGUGACUUCAAGGGCCUAAGAAAUGCAACAUUUCCGCAACGAUCCAAUUGCAGUGUUACACUUUAUCAUGAUGUCCACCAUCAUAGUUCUUUCCAACCACCAUUGCCUGGUCAUAACAUUCCCCGAAACCUAUGGGAGGAUGUAUAUAAGGCCCUUGAGGGAGCAAAACAUUUGAUUUAUAUUGCAGGAUGGUCAUUCAAUCCCAAGAUGGUGCUGGUUCGAGAUCCUCAAACAGAAAUUCCACGUGCAAGAGGAGUGGAACUCGGAGAAUUGCUCAGACAGAAAGCAGAAGAAGGUGUAACAGUGAGAAUUAUGCUAUGGAAUGACGAAACAUCCAUACCUCUCAUUAAAAACAAAGGCUUGAUGAAGACUCACGAUGAAGAUGCAUUCGCCUACUUCAAGAACACUAGGGUAAUAUGCAGAUUAUGCCCAAGAUUACACAAUAAAUUUCCCACAUUCUUCAGCCAUCACCAGAAGACUAUAACUGUAGACACUAGGGUAGAAAACUCCCCAAGAAAUAGGGAACUAAUGAGCUUCAUAGGUGGCGUAGAUCUCUGUGAUGGUCGCUAUGAUACUGAACAACACUCCCUAUUUCGUACGCUGAACACGGAAUUCCAUGCCCAUGAUUUCUACCAAACAAAUAUUGCAGGUGCUAGCCUUAACAAAGGUGGACCAAGAGAGCCAUGGCAUGAUGCACAUGCUUGUAUAACAGGGGAAGCAGCCUGGGAUGUUCUUACCAACUUUGAGCAAAGAUGGACUAAGCAAUGUGACCCUUCUCUACUAAUCCCAGCAAGCGCCAUAGAGAAUCUCAAUAAGCCUUCUCCUCCAAGCGACUCUGACAGAAAUUGGAAAGUGCAGGUUUUUCGGUCCAUUGAUCAUUUCUCUGCAAGUCCAUUGUCAAACAAAGUUAGCACUGAGAAGAGCAUCCAUGAAGCCUAUGUAGAGGCAAUCAGGAAAGCAGACAAAUUCAUAUACAUAGAGAAUCAGUAUUUCAUUGGAGGGUGCAGUUCAUGGGAGAAAGAUCAGAACAGUGGAUGCAGAAAUUUGAUCCCAAUUGAAAUAGCACUCAAGGUGGUUAAUAAAAUCAAGGCCCGAGAAAGAUUCUCAGUCUAUGUAGUGAUGCCAAUGUGGCCAGAAGGAAUACCAGAGAGUGAAAGUGUGCAGGAUAUAUUACACUGGACAUGGGAGACCAUGACAACAAUGUACAGAUUAAUAGGACAGGCAAUAAAAGAAACAGGGGAGCAAGCACACCCUAGAGACUACUUAAACUUUUUCUGCCUUGCUAACAGGGAGAAAAAAGGCGAAGGAGAGUUUGCUCCUCCAUUUUCUCCUAGCCACUCAACGUCGUACUGGAGUGCCCAAACACAUAGAAGGUCCAUGGUCUACGUCCACUCCAAGCUAAUGAUAGUGGAUGAUACAUACAUUUUAAUAGGAUCUGCAAACAUAAACCAGAGAUCCCUGGAUGGGGCAAGAGACACAGAGAUUGCAAUAGGAUGCUACCAAACCAGAAUAAACGACGAGAACCAAAAACAGAACGAAGAGAUUUAUGCAUAUCGGAUGUCUCUGUGGUACGAGCACACAGGAAAACUUGAAAAGGAAUUUGACGAGCCACAUCGUUUGGAAUGCGUGGACAGAAUGCGUUCAAUAGGGGAGCAGAUGUGGAAGAUCUACAGCGAAGAAGAGGUUGUGGACAUGGAAGGUGUACAUCUGGUAUCUUAUCCUGUGAAUGUGCAAAAAGAUGGUUGCCUAGAAGAACUAGCAAGCUGCAAUUACUUUCCUGAUACACAAACUCCAGUUCAGGGAAGGAGAUCGAAAGUUCUGCCAUCAAUUUUCACCACAUGAAGAAGUGAACAGAUAAUUGAUACACAGCAUAUUUUAAGUUUGUCUUAAAACAAGACGGGAAUACUGGACAUAUUGACAAAUUUCAUGGUAGAAUACACAUCCAACAAAGUAGAAGUAUUCAAUAAAAUGUUCAAAGAACAAGAUUGUAAUUUGUGCAUACGAAAUGCAGAGAUCUUAACAAGUUGAGGAUCA